UCUACCCUGACGGUUGCGAACUGCAGUUCCACCUUUGGAAACAAUUUGAAAUGUUGUUGUGGCGUUUCUAAUUCGCGCUAUCCCCUCUCUGAACGCCGUACAAAAUUUAUAUCUCGGUUUAUAUGUCCGGAGAGGGCCCUCCUCUUCGAGAGAAACCCAGAACUGUGGAAGAAAACGCGGCUCAGCUGAGACAUGUCGUGUGAGGAAAGCUACUUGGCUAUCAUUCGCUAUCUGACCGAUGAACGGGAGCCAUAUGCGCCGGGGACGCCUGGUAAUACGAAGAGAAAAAUCCGCAAAGCGGCCGCCUGCUACGUGGUGAGAAACGGGACUCUGUAUUAUCAGCGUCGACUGAAGGGCCAGAAUGAUUUCACAGAGCUGGAGGUGGUGCUGCAGGACAGCCGGAGGAAGGAACUUAUCAACGAGGCGCACGUUAUGGAGGGAGGGGAGCACCUGAACCAGCAGCUCACCUGGGACGUCAUCUCUCAGAAGUACUGGUGGAGAGGUAUCCUGAAGCACGUGAAAGACCACAUCAGAGAGUGUGCUCAGUGCCAGAGCAAGCGGAGUGCUGAUGACAGCUCUGGACCCAGACUGUUUGACCGGCCAGGGAGACGCAGGGCGGCUGCCAACGCGAAUGAUGAGGAAGAGGAGGAAGAAGAAGAAGAAGGAGAGGGAGAUGAUAGUUUAUUCUUCACUGACUCAUCUUCUCUUCUGAGAUCCAAGUUGGCCAAGACGAUGGUCAAGCAUGAACUUGUCUUUGUGGACAGUAAGGGCGAGGUGAAUCAGUUCCUGCCCAAACACAGUCAAACCAUGUUGGACAAACUCAACCAGCAGCGUCUCAGCAAUCAGUUCUGUGACAUCACGCUGCUGAUUGAAGGAGAGGAGUACCGAGCACACAAAGCGGUGUUGGCGGCGUGCAGCGAAUACUUCAACGAGCUCUUUUUUGAGAAGGGGGCUGUGUCCACUCACGAGGCCGUGGUGGACCUCUCUGGUUUCACCAAAGCCAGCUUCCUCCCGCUGCUGGACUUUGCGUACACGUCCAUGCUUACGUUUAAUUUCUGCAUCAUGGCAGAUAUCGCCAACCUCGCCCGCCAUUUGCUGAUGACGGAGGUGUUGCAGAUAUGUGAGUCUGUGCAUAAGCAGGUGGAGGAACAGAAGCUGACGGUGUAUCAAAGAGGAGACGUGCACACUAUGGUGUCGAGCCAACCGGCUUCUCGGGAGAGCUUAAAGGAUGAGUCUGGUGCUUACAUGGUGACCAUACAGGGCGACGGCCAGACGCUGGUCACCCACAGCGGUGUUGAUGUAACAGGCGAGCCUUUGGCUUUUGUUGCACCUUCCAAAGAGGCCUACAUCCAGCAGCCAGUGACAGUUGUUACUGAAGCUGUAGAGGGAGACAAAGUGCACGGUGGGGAGGCUGGUCAGAAUGAAACCGUGACUCUGAUCACUCACAGCGGACAGGCCGAGCCAGGAGAGACUGUCACUCUUAUCUCACGCACUGCAGAUGGAAUGGAGGAGGAGACGAUGACUGUGGUCACCCACAGCGGACAGGCCGGAGCCAGCGAGUCUUUGGCUGUGGUGUCAGCCUGCCUGGCGAUGGAGCAGCCACAGGUCGCUGAAGCGGGAGCCUUUGUUAUAAAUGUGGACCCAGACAAAGUGAGCCCCCCAGAGGUCGUCGAACUGGCACCUGCAACCGCCACUGAAGCAGCGGCGUCGCCUCAGGAGAGGGUGGAAUCUGCACCUACACCCAAGAAACGCAAACGAGGGCGUCCAGCUAAGGUGAAGAAGGAGGUGGAGGUAGAGGAGUUCAUGCCACUGGAGGAGGAGGAACCUUCUGCUGAUGAAGGCCACGCAGACAAGCAGGAGAAUGCUUCAGAUGACCCCAACAAAAGACGGCUCCGGCAGCGCUCCAUCGCUGAGGGGGGCUAUGCUCGUCUGCAUAUGGGGCUUGAGGACGAAGAGGAGGGGAAGAAAAGUUCAACGCCACCACGUGCGGCCACCCCUAAGGUGAGUCAGAGGCCGGGGAAGAGGGGAAGACCACCGAAGCAUCCAGUGGAGAAUCAAGCUGAAGGAGUGUCAGUGUCUGAAUCCGGGGCAGAACCAGAGGUCAGCGCUGUGGAGAAUGUGGCAGCAGGAGAGGUCAGCGCAGAGGAAGCUGUGACGAAGGUGGCAGAGCCGGACACUGGAAGCAGCCAGGAUAAACCCCCAGCAGAGAGCGCCGUAGAUGGAGAGCACACCUGCUCUGAGUGCGGCAUGUCCUUCCAAAGACGCUACUCUCUCAUCAUGCACACGUUAAAACACGAGAAAGCUCGUGGAUACAAGUGCAGCCUGUGUAGUAAGGAGUUCCAGUACGCCGCCUCGCUCCGCGCCCACCUGGCCCGUCAUAAGCAGCAGAGCAGCCAGCGAGCGCCCAUCACCAAACCCUCGGUGGAACCGAGCACUGAAGGGAAGGUGGACAGCAAUUUGGAUGUCAACACAUCAUCGCCACACACCAAAAGAGAAUUUGUGUGCGAUAUCUGCGGGAAGACCUUACCAAAGCUGUACUCUCUGCGGAUCCACAUGCUGAAUCACACAGGCGUGCGGCCUCAUUCCUGUAAGGUCUGCGGCAAAACGUUCGCCCACAAACACAGUCUGAAGAUGCACCGAGCGCUGCACGACGUGACCAAACAGUUCCAGUGUGAGUUCUGUAAGAAGUCUUUUGUGAGCAAGAGGAGCAUGGAGGAGCACACCAGCCUUCAUACAGGUGAGUCAAAGUAUCUCUGCAACACGUGUGGAGCAACUUUCCAUCGAGCCUCAGCUCUGAGCAAACACAUGAAGAAGCACCAGCCCAAACCUGAUGUCCGUCCUUUUCCUUGUGCUCACUGUGAUAAGAGGUUCUACGAAGCUAAAGAUCUCCAGCAACACAUGAAUAAGCACAUGGGCCUGAAGCCCUUCCAGUGCCAGGUGUGUGGGAAGUGCUACAGCUGGAAGAAGGACUGGUACUCCCACGUCAAGUCCCACAGUGUGGCUGAGCCCUUUAAGUGUAAUGUGUGUGGGAAGGAGUUCUUUGAGAAGGCCCUGUUCAGGAGACAUGUUAAAAAGGCCACGCAUGGGAAGAAGGGCAGAGUGAAGCAGAACCUGGAGAGGGAGUGUGAGCAGUGUGGAAGAAAGUUCACUCAGCUCCGAGAGUACAGACGUCACAUCAACAACCACCAGGGAGUGAAGCCGUUUGAGUGCCUGACUUGUGGUGUUGCCUGGGCCGACGCUCGCUCUCUAAAGCGUCACGUCCGCACGCACACAGGAGAACGGCCGUACGUGUGCCCCAUGUGCCAAGAGGCCCACAUUGAUGCACGCACUCUACGUAAACACAUGGCCAAGUACCACAGUGACAACCUGCCCGGCAAGAUCAUGCUGGAGAAAGACACCCUCCAGUUCCACAACCAGGGCACUCAGGUGGAGCAUGCCGUCAGCAUCCUGGCGUCCGACCUGCCUCCUGAGCUCCGCCCUGCCCAGCAGCCGCCCUCAGAGGAGAUCGAGACGGUGCUGAUCACAGAGGAGACAGUGGAGGCCAUGGAGGCCGUGCAGGCUGUUCAGGCCGUGAGCGACGGCUCCAUGUCCACGCUCUCAGAUCAGGGCAUCAUGCAGGUCGUGAACUACGUCCUGGCCCAGCAGGCCCUCACAGGGGCCAAACUCGAGGAAGCACCCGAGGUGAUUCAGACCAUGGAGGUGGAGGUGGCUCAUGUGGCUGAAGUGGAGUAACUUAGUGCCAGAGACCAGGAUUCUCCCUCAGAGACUCGUCACUGUUUCUCACAGUCUGUAUAAAAUGUAACAGAAUGUAAAAAGAUGCUUAUUUUUCUGAAGAUGUACAAAAUGUAAGUGAACCAUGAGUGGAGUUUUUACUGUCUGUUUGACGAGCUGUGUUUGUGUAAGCAUUCACAUUUCUAUGUUGUGUGUAAAUAGCUUAGAUAUACAGUAACAAGAUUAGUUGAUGAGUAACAAGUCUAUAUAAUUUGGCACUCAGCAGAAAUAAAGGUAGAAGUUAAGACACAACAUGUGCUUUGGCUAAAUGUAUUAAAUCUCGUCUACAGUCAGAGGAGCUGUGAGACGCCACUGUAGGAAGCUUGUGACACCCCAGUCAUCGUGGCUGUGGACUCAUUAACUCCCCCUAGUGUCAGUGUGAAGGACAAGCAAAUAAAAAAUGCCUACCUGUUUGUUCACUUUCAUGAUCACCACUAGUUAAACUCUGACAAUGUGAGUUCAUCUGUCAUCAAACUGUUUCCCUCUAAUCUCUAAUGAAAAAUGCAGUGUUGUCUGAGGCUGUUUCACCUGUUUGACCUUGAGUUAUUUCAGUGAAGCCAGACUUAAAAUAAAUACACACUGAGGAGCAUUAACAUGCAAUACAGCAAGUGUGGAUAUUUAUUUCAGAUUUGUAUCAAAAUACCCUCGGUAUAUUGCAAUAUAUUUAGAAUACAUUGUACAAAAAUAUGAAAACGUUCCUGCUCUCUAACAAUGCUGACUACUUGAAACAC